ACUAUAAAAACUCACGCAUGACCUUCUUCACCUCAGUUUAUUACUUGUAGUGAAUAUGUCACUUAAUUAAGUUUACUAUAGUUUAAGAAAUACACCGCAUACCAAGGCCAAAAAAAUGGUUUGGACGCCUGGGAAUAAUCAGGCGGUCUGCGGAUCUAACAACUGUAACGCGGCGGCGCUCACUUUUUUGAAUUUUCUCACUCAUUAUUUAAGUUUUUCUUACGACAGUGAAUUUAACAAUUUGAAUCCCGACAGAGGUGAUAUCGAAUUUGAUUUUAUCGUCGUUGGUGGUGGUAGUGCUGGCUGUGUUGUGGCUAAUCGAUUAAGUGAAGAUCCCAGUUGGAAGGUACUACUACUGGAAGCCGGUGAUGAAGAACCGCUCAUAACAGGAGUUCCAGGUCUACACACUUUAAUGUCCAAAUCGUCUCUCGAUUUUAAUUAUACCUCUCAGCCAGAUCCUAAAAUAUGUAAUGGUCAGCCAUGUGGUUUGCCACGGGGACGAGUUUUAGGUGGUUCCAGCAACUUUUACAGCUCACAUUUUGUUCGCGGCAAUCGAUGGGACUACGACAAUUGGGAGCUACUUGGUAAUAAAGGCUGGGGUUGGACUAAAACUUUAGAAUACUUUAAAAAGUUAGAGGACUUCAGAAUCCCUAGGGUUUUCGACCAAAAUCCUUCAUUGCAUGGACGUACAGGUUAUCAGAGUAUAUCUGGAGCAGAAAGCUACGAUCCUAAUGCCAAAGUCAUAAUGAAUGGUUGGAAAGAACUUGGAUUGAAAGAAAUUGACUACAAUUCGGGUAACAAUUUUGGAACAUCAAGGAUGCAGUACAGCACUUAUUAUGGUUCUCGUUCAAGUGCUAACAGUGCCUAUCUCAGACCAAUCCGGGCUAAUCGAAAAAAUCUCGUUGUUCGAACCAAUUCUGCAGUUACUAAAAUUAUCAUAGAUCCGCAGACGAAAAAGGCUAUCGGUGUUGAAUACAACACAAAUGGUAUCGCAGAAACUAGAAAAGCAUAUGCCAGUAAGGAAGUAAUUCUUUCAGCAGGUGCUAUUGAUUCUCCAAAACUUUUGAUGCUAUCAGGAAUAGGACCAUCAGAUAACCUUAGAGAAUCAAAAAUCGAAGUCAUUCAGAAUUUACCAGUAGGAAAAAAUCUACACAACCACGUAUCCAUUACUCCGUUGAUGGUGAAGGUGGUUAACAAGACUGUGCCGUUUGGUAUUAAUACUGUCUACAGUGAUCUUCUUCGUUGGUUGACAAACCAUCGGGGUCCUCUAGCCGUUAAUACUUUUAUGGACAAUAUUGCCUUUUUAAAAACCAACUUUGAGAAACGUUUUAACGUUCCAGAUAUUCAAGUUGGUUACAUUAAAGUUAAACGAGACGAUGAGAUAAAUGAAGAUCGUUUUCUCCUUCCGUACUAUGAUGGGUUCCGACUUACAACACUUUUAUUGACUCCCAAGAGUCGUGGUUAUCUUAAACUCAAUAGUUCUGAUCCUUUGGGGCCACCUCUGAUACAUCUGAAUUAUUUUUCCCAUCCAGAUGAUGUACCAACAAUUACUACAGGCGCACGUCUUACUAAACGGCUCACGGAAACCAAAGCAUUCAAGGAUGCAGGUUUUCAGAUUUCUGUAGUACCGACGCCACUCUGUGACCAAUGGAAGUAUGACACCGAUGAAUAUUAUGAGUGUUUAGCUAGAAAAUAUACUGGUUCCAUUGGUCAUUUAGUUGGUACUUGUAAAAUGGGACCUGAAUCAGAUGUGGAAGCGGUUGUUAAUUCAGAAUUGAAAGUAAAAGGUAUCAAAAAUUUGCGAGUCAUUGAUGCUUCUAUCAUGCCUAUUGUAUUACGAGGUAAUACCUAUGCACCGACUAUUAUGAUUGGAGAAAAAGGUAGUGACAUGAUUAAAAAAGAAUGGAAUAUCACUGAUAAGUAAUUUUUGCUCCAGUGGACGUUUUUUUUAACCUUUAGACAUUUUCUGCGCCCUAAGUAAGAAAAUUUGCACCGGUGCUCGAACGGUUUAGAAAGUAAACUCAUUAAUUAAUAAAAAUGUUUAUAAUACUAAAGUUAUUUGUAAACGUUUUCUCUUCUUUCAUGAUUACUUUUAAUUUUAUGGAACAUAAAUUUAGUGGUUUGGAUGAAUCUUUUGAAGUCGUCUUCAGUGCAUUUAUUAGGUUUGAAAUAGUUAUUUUUGAACUGACAGUUGACGACUAACUUUAAUAUUGCAAACGAAAUCAAAAUCUGAGGCUGUUGAAAUAAAUUCUCUCUGACUUGGCUGUUAAACGUAUCUUUACCGUUGGUCAUUUCACCCAACUUCGAUUGAAGUUACUUAGUCGUGGAUAUGUUUGUGUGAUACGUAAAAUCAAUGUUUUUAAAGCCAAGAUAACAUCGUUGACUCUGGGUUCAGGAGGUAUUUCGUAAAAAUCAACAAAUCUGAAUCUACCAACAUGCUUUCCUCAUUCAACUUCACUUAGUGCAUGGUCACAGCACUGGCUCGUGUAUAUAUAGAUAUGGACGCUUGUUGAUGCGAUUAUCGCUUUUAGUCUUACUGCAGUGGGCGUUGAUCAUUACAUUUUUUUGGAAUAAGUCGUACGAGCUCAAAGUGAUCGAGUUUCUUCUAUUUCCGGAGUCUCUAUAUACGACCACCUUUCAUACACUUUAUUUAUAGUAAUUCAACUGGUACCUGCUGCCUAGUGUAUAGAUACAGUAGUACCUUGUGUAGGUACACACCAUACAAGUUAAAAUUUCUUAUAACUUUUCUUUGAUUCAACUAUUUCUUUUAUGGCCAGUAGUUUUAUCAUUCAUAUUCUUUACAUUGUUUUUACAUAAUUUCUUAAAGUAAUAAAAUGACUCAAAAAAAAAAAAAAAAAAAAAAAAACAGUGUGUAGGAUCUUAAGACCUCUCACAGAUGCGAAAUCACAUACACAUUUCUGGUUUGAGUAACCCUGAAUUGUUUUGCCAAUAUGUAGAUGUAUAAUAUUAAUUAUUGGUAUAAAAGACUAAAUCAAGUAAGAAAGGUACAAUAUUAGUUUUAGUGAAGUACUAUUAACUACAAAAGUAUGGACUCUUAUGUACACAGUACCACAACACAGAUUUAGAAAAUGUUAUAGAUACGUAUUAAGGAAAAAAUCUUUUAAUUUUAUGUUCAGCGGUUGUAGAAAUAUUUCCAACGUGUGCAGUUCGGCUCUUAUCAAUGUAACUUCUUAAGUAAUAUUACAAUUUCGUUUUAAUAAAUCUUAAUUAUGAAUAAUGAACAUUGAUUAUUGUUAAAAUGAGAUAUAAUGAUUCGUUAAUCACAUGUAUGAGAAUAUAAGACCGCUUUGCUUCUGUCAGGAGUCUUGGGACCUCUCACACGGCGCUUUGUCGUUACAACUCGUAAAUCAAUGAAUAUUUCGCAGUAUAGUUAUCCUGUAUUCUUGACAGUACUUGAUAAGAAAAAUGUAAGUUUCAAAUGUUUAUAACUGCUUUCAAUCUAUAUAAUUGCUAAAUUCAGUAAAAUUAAUCAAGUAGAAAAACAAUUAAAACUACGUUAGCAAAAAAAAAUCUACGGCCAACUAAUGCAACAAGACUACUGUGAACCAUCAAUGAUGUUUAUCGGCAAUUUUCAUGGAAUAUCACCAACUUAUGAAAAUUAACAGUAGUUUUUUAAACAAUUCGAUGUUGGGUUUGUAUAAAAAAAUGUCCAGCCCCAAAAUAAGUUACCUUUAUAUUUAAUUCAACUAUUCCGUGAUUAGAAAGUGCUUAUUUCCUUUUAAAACAAACACACGUACUUAUGAGUGAGACAAGCUCCAUAAAGCGAUGUGUAUGACAAAAAAUUUAAGAAAAUACCUUCAAUUAACGGUGA